AUGAAGUCUCGAUAUACAAUACACUUGCGCAUCCAAGCAACAUCGUUAGUACACUUGUCAAUAACGAAUCUUACUGUAGUACCUAAAUAUGGCUGAGAACUUCGCGCAACCUCUCUUGGGCCCAGGUGGCGACAAGUGUCCUUAUUAUGCACCCUUCUUCGGGGCCCUAGGUGCCGCUUCUGCCAUGGUAUUCAGUGCUUUCGGUGCUGCGUACGGAACCGCCAAGUCCGGCACUGGUAUUGCCGCCAUGGCCGUGAUGCGCCCAGAGUUGAUCAUGAAGUGUAUUAUCCCCGUUGUUAUGGCUGGUAUCAUUGCUAUUUACGGCCUGGUGGUUGCUGUAUUAAUCGGAAACUCAAUGAAUCCUUCUGACUACACACUUUUCGAGGGUUUCCUUGACCUUGGGUCUGGUCUAUCCGUUGGAUUGUCCGGCCUGGCUGCUGGAUUCGCUGUAGGUAUUGUGGGAGACUCUGGUGUCAGAGGUAACGCACAGCAACCUAAACUAUACGUUGGAAUGGUCCUAAUUCUCAUUUUCGCUGAGGUAUUGGGACUUUACGGAAUGAUUGUUGCUAUCAUUCUUAACACAGCUUCGUCGUCCACCACCUGCAAGGUGGCGUAAAUCGUAUUUGUGCUGUAAAAUACAUACACGUACAUUCGAUGUAUAUGAGUUAGGAAGCAGACGCAAGAUAAUAAAGAAGAUAGUUGAUGG